AUGGGCGACUCGUACCGCCCACCUCCUCCACGCGACCGUGGCGGUGGCGGCUACAACGACAACAAUGGUUACACCUUCCGUGGCGCCGCCGACACCUACCGCCCCCCGCAACACCGCCCACAAGAGCGCUUCUCCUUCAACCCACCAUCAGGCCCCGCGGCCCCUCAUUUCCCUGCUCAGCAGCCACCACCACGUGCCCAGCGGCCCAACCGAUUCGGCGCGAAUAAGAAUCGCGACCGCGGCAGAGGCGGACGUCAGCAAGGCGGUGCACCAUAUCGCCGCAUACCAAAGCCGGCCCACGCACGCGAACUCUUGAGCCGAAAAGACCGCGAGACCACCCCAGAGCAGCUCGUCGGCAUGAACACCGACGGCCAGCACCGCUAUGUGGAGAAGACGUCAGACAGUGAAGAUGAAGACGAUACCAGCGACAGCGAUGACACCAGCGAAGAAGACGGAGAACACGGCCAAGCACGCAAGCGUGUCAAGGUCGAUGAUGAGGCAGAACCUGCACGUCCGAAGUGGUCCAACCCUGACCCUUACAGCGUCUUACCACCUACCGAUCUGGGCCUCCAGCCGAAGAAGGACAUUGUCCAAACCAUUCGCAAGGCCAAGGUGGAUGCGUCGAGCCACAGCGAUGCCACCAACGCCAUCAAAGAGAACGUUGACUUCAUAUCUUUUGACUUCGGUGACGAAGUGGACAAAGAUGAAGACAUGGACAAGGAAGAUGGUGCAGCGAGCGCAUCCGGCAAGCCGUGGAAGCCCACCGAUCGCGAGGUCGCAGAGAAGCUUACUGGAUCGAAGAAAGAUGGAAAGAAGCGCAAGCGCGUCGAGGAGCAGUCGGACCGUUGUGGAGACAUUGUCGACGAAUGGGUGGCGGAUCCAAACAGCACCACCUCACUUCCUUGGCACAAGACUGACGAGAACUUCACAUCCAGCACUGGCUUGCAGCUGCAUCUCGAAAUCAUCGACUUUUACCAGUACGUCCGCCCGCUUCAAUACGAAGAAGACGUGCGCAGAGACAUCAUCGACCGCAUCGAGUAUGCCGUGCGCGACUGGGAUCGAGCCUACCAGCAUGACGUGAGGAUCAAGUCGUUUGGCUCAUUCGCCUCUGGUCUGUACCUCCCCACCGCUGACAUGGACUUGGUUGCCGUUUCUCGAUCCUACAUGGACGGUGGACCGCCAGCCUUUUGUCGGUCGGGCGGUGACAUGCACCGUCUGAGCAGAUACCUCGUGGACCAAGGUAUUGCGAAGAGCGGUACUGUGACUGUGGUCACGAGAGCCAAAGUGCCAAUCAUCAAAUUCAUUGACGACAGAACUAGCAUCAAGGUCGACAUCUCCUUCGAGAACGACUCCGGCCUCCGUGCCAUCGACACCUUCUUGAGAUGGAAGGAGCAGUAUCCCGAGAUGCCGUUCCUCGUGGUAAUCAUCAAGCAAUUUCUCGCGAUGCGUGGCCUCAACGAAGUCUUCGGCGGUGGCCUUGGCGGUUUCACGAUCAUCUGUUUGGUAGUGAGUAUGCUGCAAUUGAUGCCAGCCAACCAACGCCAGUCUGAGGACAUGGCUUCACAGUAUGGCAUGCUGUUGAGAGAUUUUUUCGAUCUCUAUGGCAACAAGUUCAACCUGGAGCAUACGGGUAUCAAGAUGAAUCCUCCUGGAUUGUUCAACAAGAAGGACCGACGUGCUAUCCAGGCCAAGAUCAACGUAAUGGGCUUGACCAUCAUCGAUCCCAACAGGCCCGACAACGACAUUUCCGGUGGCUCUCGAAGGGUCCGGGAUGUCUUUCAAUACUUCCGAGAAGCACUUCACGCCAUUCAGGAGCAAAUGACCAAGAUUCGCCUUGGCAAGGCAGAGACUUCCAGCAUACUGGGCUGCAUUCUGGCCGGCAAUUACACGUCCUUCGAGGAACAGCGUGACAUCCUGGAUCGCGUUCACCGUACCUAUUCUACAAUCAACCGGCCAUCCCCUCCUCCACGCCCGAAUCCGACCAUGUAUCCAGCAGCGCCGCCCACUCAACACGGAUGGGUUACAUACGCACAGCAGGUGCCUCCACCAUCGCGUGAGGGACACUACUACGCACUUUCCAAUGCUCACGGCUACCAACAACCACCAGUACCAUAUCAUCCACCGCAGGCCCAACAGCAUCUUCCGCUUCCAGCCCGACCACUUCAGCUGGCACCAGGCUUGCAACCAGGGCAUGUCCUUCCACCAAAGCAGUCGAAGAAGGCGAAAAAGAACAAGAAGGGCAAGAACCUUCUGAACAGUACGCACGAGGAACCGACGAAGAAAUCGAAAGCACAAAAGAAGAAGGAACGGAGGGAGAGGAAGAAGCUUGGGAACGCCACGCUAGGAGAUUCUCAAGCACCACAGGUGAAGAAGAAGAAAGACAAGAAAAAGAAACCCGACACUGAAACAGAAAGAAAGGCGAUGGCAAAGGAAGAGAGGGAUAAGCGGGCGAAGAAGCGCCACGACACCCUCUAA